GUAGCUGAGCCCUCUGUUCUCUCUCUGCUCUGUAGCUGAGCCCUUCUGCUCUGCUGUGGUGUGUGCUGGCGUCAGAGCGCUCAGUACCUCCCUCGCUCAAUCACUCACUGCUCCUACCGCAGUGGCAGCCUCCCCCCUCCGCUCUGUCCUCCUCUCUCUCUCACACACACAAUGCGGCUCAGCAGCACACACAGCCUGGGCUCUUACUCUCCUCAUUCAUCACCGAAGGAGUAAUGGAGUGGACCACCAUGUAGACAGUCUGCAGCCAGAGACAGAAGAGAAGCUAGAAGCUGCAGAAUGGGAACAUAACCUCUGGAGCGGCUCCUGCCAUGAAAAGAAGCGCACUAAGAACAGAAGGGAUGUUAUUAUCUUAAGGAUGGUCCUCUGCUCCUCUCGCUGGUCUAACUUGCUUCUCUUAGUGUUCUCCUGGAUGGUCGUGUGGUUAUACGGUAUUUUCUCCACGUCGCUCACUUAUUACAGGAACUGUCUGUAUCUCAAACCGAGGAUUUAGAUGUUUCGCCCUCUGUCUGUCUGCGGGUGCUGCAGCAUCACGGCUCUUUCUCUCUCUCUCUGACCUAGAGAUCUAUCUUCUGUUUCUCCGGUAUCACCGGGCACAUUCCAGUGUCAUUCAUCCCUCUCUCUCUCUCUCUCUCUCUCGCUUUCUCUUUCCCUUUCUUCAUUUUAAGAAUCUCUCAACCUACACGACUCAUAGAGUUUUGUUUCUGCGUCAAGAUACUGAGCAGCUAGUCAAGUCACCAUGGGGGACCUGACGAACAGUGAUUAUUACGCUAAGAACCAAGGAAACGAUGUCAGCAGUAACCACGAGGGGGGCUUUGGGGUCUCGGUCAUGGAGCUGCGCGACCUCAUGGAGCUGAGAGGCAGCGAGGCGGUGGUUAAGAUCCAGGAGGAGUAUGGGGACAUGGACGGGCUCUGUCAACGGCUUAAAACAUCACCCACAGAAGGCUUAACAGGAGAUGACCUAGAUAAGAGGAAAGAAGUGUAUGGGGAAAACCUUAUACCUCCGAAGAAGCCAAAGACCUUCCUCCAGUUAGUAUGGGAAGCCCUGCAGGACGUGACUCUGAUCAUCUUGGAGGUGGCUGCCCUGAUCUCUCUGGGACUGUCCUUCUAUCAGCCUCCGGGAGGGGACAGCGGAGAGUCCUGUGGGACAGCGGCAGCGGGUGCGGAGGAUGAGGGUGAGGCCGAGGCCGGCUGGAUAGAGGGAGCAGCCAUCUUGUUGUCUGUCGUGUGUGUAGUUCUGGUGACGGCCUUCAACGACUGGAGCAAGGAGAAGCAGUUCAGAGGGCUGCAGAGCCGCAUCGAGCAGGAGCAGAAGUUCCAGGUGGUCCGAGGUGCUCAGGUCAUCCAGCUCCCGGUCGCGGACAUCGUGGUCGGGGACAUCGCACAGAUCAAGUAUGGUGACCUGCUUCCAGCCGAUGGAGUGUUGAUACAGGGGAACGAUCUGAAGAUAGACGAGAGUUCACUAACAGGAGAGUCUGAUCACGUCAAGAAAGACGCCGAUAAGGACCCCAUGCUGCUGUCUGGUACCCAUGUGAUGGAGGGUUCCGGCAGGAUGCUGGUAACAGCUGUAGGGGUCAACUCUCAGACCGGCAUCAUCUUUACUCUGCUGGGGGCCGGAGAGCCAGUGGAGGAGGAGAAGAAGAAGGAGAAAGUCAAGAAGCAGGACGGAGCGGCCGCCAUGGAGAUGCAGCCUCUGAAGAGCGCCGAGGGAGGAGAGAUGGAGGAGAAGGAGAAGAAGAAGGCAAACAUCUCCAAGAAGGAGAAGUCUGUCCUCCAGGGGAAACUGACCAAGCUGGCUGUUCAGAUUGGCAAAGCAGGUCUGGUGAUGUCAGCCAUCACAGUGAUCAUCCUGGUGCUGUACUUUGCUGUGGACAACUUUGUCCUGCAGAAGAGGCCGUGGCUGACGGAGUGUACCCCCAUCUACGUCCAGUACUUUGUCAAGUUCUUCAUCAUCGGUGUCACCGUGCUGGUGGUGGCUGUACCCGAGGGGCUGCCCCUGGCCGUCACCAUCUCCCUGGCCUACUCUGUCAAGAAAAUGAUGAAAGACAAUAACCUGGUUCGCCACCUUGAUGCGUGUGAGACGAUGGGGAACGCCACGGCCAUCUGCUCCGACAAGACUGGCACUCUGACCACCAACCGCAUGACGGCCGUAGCGUGCUACGUUGGAGACGUCCACUAUAAGGAGAUACCAGACCCCGGAGCGCUGACUGCCAAGUCUCUGGACAUACUGGUCAAUGCCAUCUCCCUCAACAGCGCCUACACCACCAAGAUACUGCCUGCCACCAAGGAGGGUGGUCUGCCCAUGCAGGUGGGUAACAAGACAGAGUGUGGCCUGCUUGGCCUGGUGCUGGACCUGAAGAGAGACUACCAACCCAUCCGCAACCAGAUCCCAGAGGAGAAACUCUACAAGGUAUACACCUUCAACUCGGCCAGGAAGUCCAUGUCCACUGUCAUCAAACUAUCAGACGGCAGCUUCAGGAUGUACAGCAAGGGAGCCUCUGAGAUCGUCCUGAAGAAGUGCACUAAGAUCCUGAACCAGGAAGGCGAGCCGCGGGUGUUCCGUCCCCGGGACAAGGACGAGAUGGUGAAGAAGGUGAUCGAGCCGAUGGCGUGUGACGGGCUGCGGACCAUCUGCGUGGCGUACCGUGACUUCCCUGGCGACCCGGAACCCCUCUGGGACAACGAGAACGACAUCCUCAAUGAGCUGACGGCCGUCUGUGUGGUUGGGAUAGAGGAUCCUGUCAGACCAGAGGUACCAGAUGCCAUUAUAAGGUGCCAGCGUGCGGGAAUCACGGUGCGCAUGGUGACAGGUGAUAACAUCAACACGGCCAGGGCCAUCGCCAUCAAGUGUGGCAUCAUCCACCCUGGAGAAGACUUCCUGUGUAUCGACGGAAAGGAGUUCAACAGGAGGAUCCGCAACGAGAAGGGAGAGGUUGAGCAGGAGCGCAUGGACAAGGUGUGGCCUAAACUGCGAGUCCUGGCUAGAUCCUCCCCUACUGAUAAACACACACUGGUUAAAGGCAUCAUAGACAGCUGCUUGACAGACCAGAGACAAGUGGUGGCGGUGACAGGAGACGGGACUAACGAUGGACCAGCCCUGAAGAAGGCUGACGUGGGCUUUGCCAUGGGUAUAGCCGGUACAGACGUGGCCAAGGAGGCAUCUGACAUCAUAUUAACGGACGAUAACUUCAGUAGCAUAGUGAAGGCUGUGAUGUGGGGGAGGAACGUCUACGACAGCAUCUCCAAGUUCCUCCAGUUCCAGCUGACUGUCAACGUGGUGGCUGUCAUAGUGGCCUUCACUGGGGCCUGCAUCACACAGGAUUCUCCCCUGAAGGCGGUCCAGAUGCUGUGGGUGAACUUGAUAAUGGACACCUUUGCGUCCCUGGCCCUGGCGACGGAGCCCCCCACCGAGGCCCUGCUGAUGAGGAAGCCGUACGGACGCAACAAACCGCUGAUCUCCAGCACCAUGACCAAGAACAUCCUGGGACACGGCAUCUAUCAGCUGGUCAUCAUCUUCUCCUUGCUGUUCGUUGGUGAGCAGAUCUUUGACAUAGACAGUGGUCGUCACGCUCCUCUCCACUCCCCUCCGUCAGAACACUACACCAUCAUUUUCAACACCUUCGUCCUCAUGCAGCUUUUCAAUGAGAUCAACGCCAGGAAGAUCCACGGAGAGAGGAACGUCUUCGACGGAAUCUUCAGGAACCCCAUCUUCUGUUCCAUCGUCUUCGGAACCUUCGCCAUCCAGAUUGUGAUCGUACAGUUUGGAGGGAAGCCGUUCAGUUGUACUCCUCUGGAUUUGGAGAAGUGGGGCUGGUGUACCUUCCUUGGACUGGGAGAGUUAGUCUGGGGACAGGUGAUCGCCACCAUCCCUAACAGCAAGCUACGGUUCCUGCGAGGGGCAGGCCAGCUGACCAAGAAGAACGAGAUGCCUGGAGACGAAGACAUGAACGAGGACAAUGAGGAGAUUGACCACGCGGAGAGGGAGCUGAGACGUGGACAGGUCCUCUGGUUCAGGGGGCUCAAUCGCAUUCAAACUCAGAUCGAUGUGGUGAACACGUUCAAGAGCGGCAGCUCCUAUCAGGGCCAGCUACGGAGACAGUCCUCCACCACCAGUCAGAACCAGGAUGUAACCAAUGUUUCUAGUCCCAGUCACGUGUCCUUGUCCAAUGCCCUUUCUCCUACCUCUCCCGCUGGGCAGUGCUAAGAGUGGAGUGAGGCUACCGCCCACGGCGUGAAUUUCAGAUUCGGGUCGUGAACGCAUUCCGUAGCUCUCUCUACGAAGGCCUUGAGAAACCAGACUCCAGACCGUCCAUCCACAACUUCAUGACCCACCCAGAGUUUAGGAUAGAGGACUCCACCCCCCACAUCCCCCUGAUUGAUGACACUGACUUAGAGGAGGACCCAUCGCUGAGGAACACCCACCAGCCCCAGACAGGCAGCCAGCCCCAGUCCCCCAACAAGAACAACAACGCCGUCGACAGUGGCAUCAACCUCACCAUCGACACCACCAGUAAAUCAGCUGCAUCCUCCGGCCCAGCCAGCCCACUGCACAGUCUGGAGACCUCUCUCUAGUGGCCUGCAGCUGGCUGGUGGAGACCUCUGCAGGUUUGGAGAUGUCCCUCUGGCAGAGCAGUGUCCCUCUGACAGAGCAGUGUCCCUCUGACAGCUCCCCACUGGAAACCUUUGUCUUCAGGCCUGGUAGAGAACUUACCUACUGCAGCCUGGUGGCUCCCACACUGCAGUUUGGAGACUUCCGUCUUGCAGUCUCAUGGAGACAUCAUUGGUCUGCAGUUUGGAUACCUUCCUCUAUCUCCUGAUGUCUCCUGCUGUCUCCCGCUGUCUCCUGCUGUCUCCUGCUGUCUCCUGUUGUCUCCUGAUGUCUCCUGCUGUCUCCUGCUGUCUCCUGCUGUCUCCUGUUGUCUCCUGAUGUCUCCUGCUGUCUCCUGCUGUCUCCUGCUGUCUCCUGAUGUCUCCUGAUGUUUCCUGUCUCCUGUCUCCUGCUGUCUCCUGUCUCCUGGUGUCUCCUGUCUCUUGUCUCCUGAUGUCUCCUGCUGUCUCCUGAUGUCUCCUGAUGUUUCCUGUCUCCUGUCUCUGCUGUACCUGGAGAAAGCAUACUACUACAGCUAUACAAUCAGAAAGGGCAACAAAGCCAACGCACAUGACCUGAGUGUGUGUGUGCGUGUCUGUACGGUAUGUAUGUGUGUACUGUGUGUGUGUGUGUGUGUGUGCGCACUGCUGACUGACUGAACCAUGUUUCUAGCAGCAGUAAAGUAGAGAACCAGAAAGACCUUGGAGGAGUGAAAACCAGUCUAACCUAACCUUACACCACAAUAACAAUGACUAUAUCUAAACCUAACCUUACUCCACAAUAACAAUGACUAUAUCUAAACCUAACCUUACUCCACAAUAACAAUGACUAUAUCUAAACCUAACCUUACUCCACACUAACAAUGACUAUAUCUAAACAUAACCUUACUCCACAAUAACAAUGACUAUAUCUAAACACAACCUUACUCCACAAUAACAAUGACUAUAUUGAUAAUAGUUUGAAUUACAUAAAAACAUUUUUAUCGCUCCUGCAUGAAUGUACUUUACCCAACGUUUUUAUUUAAAUUGUUUUCAAAACAUUUUUGUUGAAUGAUUUGAUUGGGUGGGUCGGUAGGAAGUGCUGUGGACUGCUACUUUAAAGACAACCGAUUCACCGGUCUGUGAGUUCCCUGUGUGGCAUGUGCUUAAGUGUAAAGAUGUAUUUAUAAAUGAGAUCAAGUUUGUAGGGCUCAACUUGCACAGUAGAUUUGCACCUGUUGGAAAAGAGGAACCCAUAAAUAAAUAUUAUUUCUUAAAGAUAGUAUAUAUACAUAUAUAUAAAGAGUUUAUCUUUGUUUGUUGGCAUGUUGCUUCUUCUUUAAUGGUUCUAACUGUUUUAACUUAUUUAUGUCCUAAAGAGAAUGUCAUUUGUUUACAACACCUGUAGAUACUUCCUGGUAAAUUUGUAGGGUUUCAAACCAUUCAGCAGAUGUAGUUGAGGAAAAACUCAAGUUGUUUUGAGUUCUGCUCGUUGGUGUUUAUAACAUACUGUGUACUGAACUUGCCUGCUAUCUUGUCAAAUAUUGUAGAUAAUUUUAGAGGAUAACAAAAGAAAACCAAAAUAUAAUGGUAUAUAUAUAUAUAUAUAUAUUCAUGUGGCAUUGUGUUAUUAUAUGAUCGUUAGGAUGAACUCUGAACGGCUUCCUUCGUUUCCACACAGAGAUCUGAAUAAGACGAAAGGUUUAUUUCUUUAAUUACUAUUUCUCUUAUUUUUGUUAUUGUUCAUUCAAAAGCUUAAAAGUUGAGACUGAGAGGGUGAACAGUCCUUCUAUAACAGACAUGUCUUCUAUUUAAAAUCUACUUGUUUUAAGGGAAAUGUUUUCAUUUUUGUGUGACCGUGAAAGACUGCAAUGGAUUUAUAUUAGAAAUUGCAAACUAAGGUCUAUUUGGUUUAUCUGUAUGGAAAAAAAUCUAAAAGUUGUUUUAAAAAUCUUGUGAUAUAUUGUGUUGAUUUCUUUCAUUUUAAUUUGAUUGAUUUCUUGUUUUCCUACAAAAAGAAAGAAACACACAGCUAUCCAAAAAUGGUUGGCGUUUUGAGCAACAAAAAAACCAACAAUAAAAUGGAAUUAUGCUUUUGACUGUUUUUAAAAACGUGGAACAAAAGAAGAAGAAAAAUAGAACCCCGACCUGGAUGAAGUUCUGGAACCUCACUGUACUGUUACUUGUGUUUCUGAGUGUUUUAACCAAGCUUGUCUUCCUGCCUUCAACCAAGUAUAUACUCUAGCAUCUUAAAAAGUAUUCACUAGUUGUUAUAACUAUUUAUUGUGCUUUUAAGAAAGGAGGAAGCAGAGAGCAAGACCAAAGCAGGAAGGGACACAUCAUUUUGCUAUCCAUCCAAAAGGCUUUGAGAUGUCGAUAAUAGCGGCUCAGACCAAAUCUAUUGAGUUAUCGUUAUAUUUCUAUACGUCAUUGAAAAGCAUGAUGUAAUAAGCAAGUUGAACCAAUCCAAUUGUUCUCCUCUGAAUGAGUCUUUUGGUAAUUAUAUCUUGAUCUGAUUUCUCUUUUCCUUCCUGUUCAUUUUAUUAUUAAAUCUGCCAUCAGAUCAGGAGAGAGUGCACCAAGGUUUAGGUUAAACCCCU